AUGACUAUUGCAAAAAUACCAUUCGGUCGUGCACUGCGUUCUGAAUUUCUCUUGGAAGAGCAAUACGUUCCCCUCAACCAUGGCGGUUACGGAGCAUGCCCGCGCGUUGUCCGAUCAGCGAUGCGUCGUUACCAGGAUCAAGCUGAGCAGAAUCCAGACAGGUGGUUAUUACGUCUAGUAUUCAAACAUUUGAAGGAAAACCGGGAUCGUGUGGCUGCGCUUGUCCAGUGCGAUUCACCCGACUUGACGUUCACAAGCAACGCUACCUCUGCCAUAAAUUCGGUAGUUCGUAGUGGGUUUCUCAAUCCAGGAGAAAAGAUACUUUGGUUCAAUACUACAGCACAUAGUUCCGUUAAGAAAAUUAUGACGUUUCUUGAGGACACGCACAAGAUGACACUUGUACCUGUCGAGCUUCAAUAUCCAUUAUCCGAUCAAGACGUGCUUGAUAUUACAAGACGGGCGAUUGAACAUGAAUUAGCCAAGGACCCAAAAGUACCUAUCCGGCUUGCAGUGUUCGAUGCCAUAAGUGCGCUUCCGGCAGUACGGGUUCCAUACGAAGCAAUGAUCCAGCUUGUCAGAGAGUACAAAAUCCUUUCACUGGUAGACGGCGCCCACGCCAUAGGUCAAAUCCCAUUGAACUUGCGCGAGGCAGAUCCAGACUUUUUCAUUUCGGAUUGUCACAAGUGGUUAUUCGUACCCCGGGGCUGCGCGAUCCUAUACGUACCUAAACGUAACCAGAACUUUGUUCACUCGUGUAUAAUCAGUCGUGAAUACAAGAGCACUGCCAUGAAAGGAACUGUUAGCACACCAUUUGAGCGGGAGUUUGCAUGGCCAGGGGCAACUGACUUUAGUCCUUAUCUGUGUUUCAAUGAUGCUCUCGAUUUCCGCGAAUCCCUAGGUGGAGAAGAGGAAAUUCAGAAAUAUUGCAACAAGCUGGCACGUCAAGGUGGCCAACUGGUAGCGGACGCAUUGGGUACUGAGUUGUUGUUGCUGGAAACCAAAGACGAGGAUGAACCGACCUUUGCCAUGGUUAACGUGCGUCUUCCAUAUAUGGACAAGCACAACCGACCGGAGAAGGAGAUCAUUGACAUCAUCUUUGACAAGUUGAUGUUUGAGCGCAAUACGUCUGCUGGGCCAUUUAAACAUUAUGGCAAGUGGUAUGUACGCUUAUGCGCUCAAGUUUAUAAUGAUCUGGAUGAUUUCCAAUACUUUGCUCAAGCGAUUCAAAAAGUGGUGGAUGAGCUAGAGAAAGAAAACAUUGACUAAGUGACAAUAAAGCAGACAAAUUGAGUUAGUGCUAUAUAUAUCGCCGGGUUUGAUUGUAUCAUUUACACCUAGUUAGCACGACAAUGACUAAAUCUAUGUUUUCUUUCAUGUCAUCAUAACAACUUGAAAGAAGUCUGUAUUGCUAUGUAUAUGCUCGG